CAUCCUUCCUUUUAUCUUGUCUUCUCUCCAUUAAGAUUUAAGAUUUAGAAAUCAGCUUAGACCUGCCAUCGAUGAAUUUUCGACAACACAACCUGACUCCUUUUUAUUCACCAUUCCUAAAUCUACUUAUAUUUGACGUUGUUCUUGUAUCUGAACCAACCGAGCUGUCCCGCUACAGGGAUUGAUCAACUACUACGAUGGAUCAGCAUCAUGCGGGUAGUGCAUCGUUCAACUCAACGGGAUUUCCCAACUCUUUCCGACCAGGCACGCCUAAUACAGAUAGGAGCCCUUCCGGAGAUGAAAGGAUAGAUGCCCAGUCGUCGCGAAGGCUAGGAACCAUAAAUCCCUUCGCAUCGCCGUCGAUCUCGAGGCCGGCUUCUAGUUAUGAGGGCUCCGAUAUCCCCGUGCAAGGCUCCGGCCCGCGAUAUUUCCACUCGCGAAGGGUGAAGAAGGGCGAAUUAGAGAAGCCAUGGCUUGAUAAGAAGGAUCCCAAGGAGAAGUGGGUUACUAUCAUUCCGAUCUUGGGCAUACUUGUCGGCCUAGGAAUCUCUGGGUUCUUAGUAUGGGACGGAAUACGGAGCGUCGUCAAACAUAACUAUUGUUUAGUGCUCGAAGACAACUUCGCGAGCUUCAACGAUGCCGUCUGGACUAAAGAAGUCCAAGUAGGUGGCUUUGGUAAUGGUGAAUUUGAGCAGACUACAGGGAAUGACGAGAACGUCUACGUCCGAGAUGGAAACCUCUUCAUUAAGCCUACACUCCAGGACGCGGACCUGAUUGACAAAGACUCUUUGAUUAAUCUACUGGACGACGGCACCUGUACUUCAACCGUGCCAUCUGAUUGUAUAGCAGCCACCAACACCACAGUUGGGAAUGCCACCAUCGUGCCUCCAACGAGGUCUGGCCGAAUUAACACCAAGAAAGGUGCAACUCUCAAAUACGGCCGUGUCGAAGUGACGGCCAAGCUCCCUCAGGGAGAUUGGCUCUGGCCGGCUAUUUGGAUGAUGCCCGUUAAGGAUACGUAUGGACCUUGGCCGGCCAGCGGUGAGAUAGACAUCAUGGAGAGCCGGGGAAACAAUUGGACGUACGGCCAAGGCGGGAAUAAUAUCGUAUCGUCAGCUCUACACUGGGGACCCGACCAAGCCAACGACGCUUGGUGGAGAACCAACGUGAAACGCGAGGCCCUACAUACGACAUACUCGGCCGGGUUCAACACCUUUGGCCUCGAGUGGUCUCAAAAGUACCUCUUCACUUACGUCAACUCUCGCCUCCUCCAAGUUCUCUACACCAACUUUGACGAGCCUCUGUGGCAGCGUGGAAAUUUCCCCGAGGCCACCAGCAACGGUACCCGGCUCGUGGAUAAUUGGUCGCAAACGGGUCAUUACAACACGCCGUUUGACCAAGAAUUUUAUCUUAUAUUAAACGUUGCCGUAGGCGGUACCAAUGGAUGGUUUGCUGAUGCGCAGAGCGGAAAGCCCUGGAUUGACGGUAGCCCUAACGCUAAGAAAGACUUCUGGAACGCGCGGAACACCUGGUUACCAACGUGGACAAGCCCAGCUAUGCAGAUCAGCAAGGUCAUCAUGUGGCAACAGUGCGAUGGCAAUGAAGAAUUGUAGAUAGUUCAAAGGACCCACGAGGUUUAGAUCUACUAGGAAUACGUAUGUCCGAUACGACGGGCGUACUGGCGUUUUUGUCUGGGUGUGAAUACAUGUAGGUACGGGCAUUAUGGCUGACUGGGUUAUGGCAUUGGAACUUUGUCUCGGAUAGCUACAUGAUGCAAUGCAGAUUUCUUGGUCCACUGCAGUACAUUGAAAUAAAAAAGACGUUCAAUUUUUCCCUUAGCGAAUCGCCUACAGGGUUUAAGUAACCCGGAAUACUGGAACGAGACCCCUGAAGGUACUGUUAUGUUUAAGGCUGGCCUCCAAUGUCUCAGACAAGAUAUCCAUAAAGAAGUUGGGAACGACGUCAAUUCUAUAUCAAUUAUGUAUGAAAAAGUAAAUAUC